CAUCAACCCCCCUCUAGAUCUCAGUCCCACCACCACCAUCACCACCACGGCACAAUGUCACUCCUCCACCGCGCCCUCCGAGGUCCAAUUCCAAAGCUUCGGCUACCCUACACCCACGCAGCAGCGAUAUCGACACACACAGCGCGCACUGCAGAAACAGCUUUUUCGCAGAUCAAGUCGAAUGUCGAUACGUCGUCCUCGGACUUCAAAGACAAUGCUGCACAAUUAUCGGAGCUCACUGCCUCUCUGAGGAGUUUGCAUCAGCGGAUUGCUUUGGGGGGCCCGGAGAAGGCGAGGGUGAAACAUAUUGAGAGGAAAAAGAUGCUGCCGAGAGAUCGCAUAACGGCACUCCUAGACCUCGGAACGGCAUUCCUGGAGCUCUCAUCCCUGGCGGGACAUAAGCUCUACGGAGACGAUAUCGAUAUCCCUGCCGGCGGGAUCAUAACAGGAAUUGGAAGGGUGUCGGGAACGGAGUGUAUGAUUAUUGCCAAUGAUAGCACAGUUAAGGGCGGAACGUAUUAUCCGAUCACGGUGAAGAAACAUCUUCGGGCGCAGGAGGUGGCGAAGGAGAAUAGACUGCCGUGCAUUUACUUGGUCGAUUCCGGUGGCGCGAAUCUUCCGCACCAGGCGGAUGUGUUCCCUGACCGCGAGAAUUUCGGGAGGAUAUUCUUCAAUCAAGCAAGAAUGUCGGCCGAUGGAAUUCCACAGCUAUCGGUGGUAAUGGGACCGUGUACAGCCGGCGGAGCCUACGUCCCCAGCAUGUCGGACGAGUCCAUCAUCGUCGAGAACUCCGGCACCAUUUUCCUCGCUGGCCCACCGCUCGUGAAGGCGGCUACGGGAGAAGUGGUGACAGCGGAGGAGCUCGGAGGUGGAGCUCUGCAUUCGAAAGUCAGUGGUGUGACGGAUUAUCUUGCAGUUGAUGACGCACAUGCUCUGGUAUUGGCCAGGAGAUGUGUUGCGAAUUUGAACUGGCCAACGACAUCGGUACCGGAAGUGGAGGUUAAGGAGCCGCUUUAUGAUCCGAAGGAGUUGGUUGGUAUCGUUGGCACGAAUCUGAGGAAGCCCAUUGAGAUCAAGGAGGUCAUUGCGAGGAUUGUGGAUGGGAGCGAGUUCAGCGAGUUCAAAGAGAACUACGGGACUACUUUGGUCACUGGCUUCGCCCGCAUUCACGGCUACCGUGUCGGAAUUAUCGGCAACAAUGGCAUCCUCUUCAGCGAAGCCAGUCUCAAAGGCGCACACUUCAUCCAGCUCUGCGCCCAACGCAAUAUUCCCCUCGUCUUCCUCCAAAACAUUAGCGGGUUCAUGGUCGGCAAAGACGCGGAAGCCGGCGGCAUCGCUAAAAAUGGCGCGAAGCUCGUCAACGCCGUUUCCUGCGCCGAUGUGCCAAAGUUCACCGUCGUGAUUGGCGCUAGCUAUGGUGCGGGUAACUACGGUAUGUGUGGCCGUGCCUUCUCUCCACGGUUCUUGUGGAUGUGGCCGAAUGCGAAGAUUGCCGUCAUGGGCUCGGAGCAGCUCAGCUCGGUCAUGAAGACAGUGGGGAAGAAUGUGGAUCCUCAACUGCAAGGGCGCAUCGAGAGUGAGAGCGAGGCCGUCUUCUCGUCUGCGAGGAUCUGGGACGAUGGUGUUAUCCCACCGGAGGAGACGAGGAGUUAUUUAGGGCUCGGAUUGAGGGCGGCGUUGGGUGGGAGUGUUGAGACGAAGGAGACGAAGUUUGGCGUUUUUAGGAUGUAAAGAUACCCGUCGACUAGAAUUGAGUGUGCCCCGUCAAUUAAGAUGGGUUCGUGGUCCAAACCCUGUGCCUUACAACAGUAAAUAAUGGGGCUGUCUCACGGCAGUGCAGAGUCUAUUCUUCCAAUUGAACAUUUCGGGGCAAGACCGCCACUCAAUGGCCCAGGUGCAGCACUGGAAGUAAGCGGCAUUCACCGUCAACCGGGCUCUGUCGACUAAUAAUAUUUCUUGCUGUGGCGGAUGAUUGUAAAUAGAGGAUGGCAAAUUGAAACUGGAGUUGUGCA